AUGAAGGUCUAAUGCGUUUUGAGUGGCUGUACAGGCUAACUGCGAUAAUAUUGCGUUAGCUAGCUAUUCUAUAAAGUGAGUAGAGCCAGAAGAUACGCUAAGAUUCUAGAAACAGUCACGUCGACCGUAUUGGUGAAUUGUGGGAAAUGUAGUAUGUAAGUAUAAUAACGGUUAUUUACGCAUUACUGACCAAUUAUGAAAAUACAAAAGCAAGAUUUUUGUUUCUAUUUCACUCUGACAUGGAGUACGGGGGGCUAACUUAGAAAAAUGAAUUAAGGAGUAAUUCAAUAGUAACAAACAAAAUAUAUUCUUUCAAUAUUGUAAAUAAAGCAACUUUAUAACAGCGAAAGCAGGAUGUUAUAACUGGAAAAUAGAUUAAACAGAGACAUCUGCUUGUAUUGUUUGUUUUGUGGGUUUUCUAACCAAAGAAUAUAAUCGACUAACAAGAAAACAUCCCAACUUCCCAACUUCCUGUUUGUGAGCUCGUCGUUAUUGUUUACGGCAGUAUGGUCACAGUGGUUUGCGUCGCUGUUUCACGUCGCUGGAAAAAAACAGCAACAACACUGUUCCACAUCGUCCUGCUCAUCUUUAAAGGAAAUAGGACUGCUGACUGGUAACAAAGCACCGUACGCAUUUUUUCACUGGCUUGUCCACUCAAAUGACAAGUCAUGUGACCCUUAUAUACCAGAAGUAGCUAUAUGCGCUUGUUUUCUUGUCCAUUUCUCAUUCUUGACUCCGAAGUUUCCUUCAGGAGGUAGCACAGAGCUGUGUACAGCAUUUCGUAAAGCAACUUAAUAAUAAUCCAAAAUGAUAUUUUGGGUCUUUAUAUCAGUUCUACUGGCCUUUGCCUCAAGCAAGUCAUGUGAUGCUGAGGAACCAAACAAUGAGCUCUGCCUUUCUCUCAAUAAGAAUCUCCUCCGUUCCCUGGAGACUCAAGAUGGACACCCCAAUCCCAGUGUUCACUUGGCAUUAAGACUUUCCAAUUUGCACAAUCUUGCAAAAGAGGGCGCAUACCUAAAUAAACUAAAAUCUCAUCUUCACAAUAUCCUACAAGAUUCUUUCUCCAACAACCAUCCUGGGGUUGGCCAGGUAGCACUGUACACUCUGGCACUAAGGUCCUCCUGCUAUGAUCUUAACACAGUUUUCGUCAACAUCAGUGGAAAGACAAUGACACUGUUGACACAUCUGAAGAAGCAGAUGGAACAGGAGAAAGAACAUAUUGUCGUCAACAAUCGACCUUUGACCAACUACUACAAGUACUCAUUGGGAAUAGUUGCUCUUUGCACUAAUGGCAUCAGGGUGAACAGCCAUGUCUCCAACAAGCUGAUCAAAGCAGUGGAAGACCAACACUUAACACAUGGAGACACUUGCAGUGUUGAUACAUAUGCCAUGGCUGGGAUGGCCCUCCAGUGUGUGAAGGACAGUAGGUUUGAUGGACAAAACACUGCUGAACUGGACUCAGCUCUCAGAAUGAUCAAGCAGAAGCUUUUGGACUCACGUGGGACUGACAACCAUAUAGGCAACCAGUUUAGCACUGGUCUGGCAGUUCAAGCUUUAAUCGCAAUGGGCAGCCCAAAUGUUGAGUUUGCUGCAUCGAUUAAGGCCAUGAGAACUUCUGCUAGAAACUACGCAUACCAGAACCCCAUGGCCUUAUCCCAGGUUCUUCCUGCUCUUCAUCAGAAAUCCUACCUGAAAGUAAAAAACUUUGAGUGUGUCGAUGAAGACGAUAGUUUGGUUCUGGAGCCUCUGGAUCCUGUGGAGAUUUUACCAAGUGAGACCAAAGUGGCAGUAAAUGUAGAAGUGGUAAGCAGAGGGGUGUCCUUGUUUUACUCUGUGGAUGUUCCACACGGCAGUACUUUAUUGCAGGCUCUUGAGCUACUCGUGGCGAAAAAUGAUGACUUCACGUUUGACACAGAGAACACCAUGUGGGGUCCAUUCUUAAGUGCCAUUAAUGGAGAACAGGCCCGACAGAGUGACCGCGGAUACUGGCAAGUGUCUUCAAAUGAUGUUCUACUGCCAAAGGGUAUUGCUGAGUUCAAGAUUCAGGAGGCGCAAAUGUUCACCCUCAAAAACAUUGAAAGACAUUGAAAAUCUUUUUUUUCCCAUGAUCUUAAAAAUUCCUAAAAGUAACCAAAGAGAAACCCAAUAGCCAUUCAGUGUCAGAUUACAUAUGUUUAAUUUUGUAGUCGUUCCAUUUCAAAGAGCUGAUGUUGGAAGUUCAAAUUUAAUUGUACUGUGUUUUAGAGUCAAAGUGUCAAUAAUAAUAAUAAUAAUAAUAAUGUACAUUGUUAUUUUUAAUGAUUUUACUUUGUGAAAAAUGAACUUUUAAGUAAAUAAAAAGAUCGACAUGUGUGGUUUAUAGA